AUCCAAAAGAAAUAUCAGUGCAAAUACGUCCCUUUUUUUCAAACCCAGAAACAGCUACGUGAGUGGUUUGUGAAUAACCUGAGUCAGAGUCAGCACACUUGCCGUUUCCGGAGACACAGACAUGGGUGCAUCUUGCUCUUCGUCGGCGGUGAAAGUAACGGAGAAGCAAAACCAGUGUCUGGUCAGCGAACAAGAGCGCAAGCUGAUACGGAGAAGUUGGCGAUACCUGACGAAUCACUACGACCUCACGGAGCUCGGCUGCGAAGUCUUCCUCGCUAUAUUCGAACUGAAUCCAGAGGUCAAGAAAAUGUUUCCCUGCAGAGACGUAGAAGGAGAGGAGCUACUCAAGAAUCCCGACUUCAAAGGACAUGCAUCCAGGUUUAUGCAGGCGGUCGGUGCGGCGGUGGACCACCUCGACAAUCUACAGCUGGAGUUGGAACCGCUGCUGUGUACACUGGGAAAAACGCACACGAACUACAAAGACCUAGGUUUCGCACCGGACUUCUUCGACGAAUUCACGGCGGCCAUUAUACAGACGUGGCAGAGGAAACUCGGCAAGCGAUUCGCAGCGGACGUUUGCGCCGCCUGGUUGAACAUGCUGUCGUUUGUAGCGGCGUGUAUGAAGUGUGGCUAUAGAAAGACAGCGACGACGAUUGGGUAUGAAAACUGUCAUGAGAAUGUGCAACUGAAUAGCAAGCAGGUCUUUAAUGCCGGUAUGGUAAAUCUCGGUCGCACAUGAAUAGAGAUAGAUAGACGAGUAGCCUGUUAAGUAUUAUUAGCUCUUGAUUAUAUUGCCAAAUGCACGCAUUUCAAUCAGCUACGCCAAAAGCUCACAUUAAUAACUAACUUAUGGACCGAAAACCCAUAUAUCCCCAUCUGCGUAGGGGAGAUUCUAUGGAACAGAUUCUGUGCCGCAAUUAUACGCGUCUCUACGGCAUCAUAUAAUGAUUCCGCAUUAGCUGCACAUGCGAAACACAUUAAUGAACCACCAAUCUAUGCCUCGUAUUG